GAAGAAGCUUCUUCUUCCGGGAAAAUGGCGUCCCCCGCUCGCGCCCCUGAGUCGUCGCCGCCUGCGGACUCGGCGCUAGCGGCGGGGUCCGCCGAGGGAGCCGAGUGCCCGCCGCCUCGCCAGCCGCAGCCCCCGCACAAUGUCCUCGCUGCCCCGCGGCUUCGAGCCCCCAGCUCCCGAGCACUGGGGGCAGCGGAGUUUGGCGGAGCUGCGGGAGAUGUUGAAGCGCCAGGAGAGACUUUUGCGCAACGAAAAAUUCAUUUGCAAGUUGCCCGACAAAGGUAAAAAGAUCUCAGACUCUGUUGGCAAGCUGAAAGCGGCCAUUGCCGAACGUGAAGAGCUUAGAGGAAGAAGCGGACGCUUUCCUCCUGUUAGGUUAGACUGUGACGUAAGGCAAACAGUGACUGCAGGAGUCGACGUGGACACAGCUAAGGCUCAGAAUUCAGACCAGAUACUUGAUACUUCACCACUAGUUCCUGGCUGUCGCUCUGUACAUAACAGCAAGUCAUCUGAAACAGCAUCACCAGAACAGGGAACUGGGCAUCUUUUUCACAGCGGCGGUGAGGAGACCGCAGAGGCAGGGGGCACAGUGAGCAGGCACACAGCCCCCAGCGGCAGAGCCAGUGCCGAAGACGGUGAGCCUCCCCCUCGGCAUCGUGUGUCCAGCGGCUCUGACCAGGUGAUUGUCGAUAGGUUACAAAGGAUGACAAUUGCAGACCAAGGGGAGCACCGCUCGGAGGACAGCGCGAGUACUGAUGACUUGAGGGGGCUUCGUAGCCGGACGCGGAAGAAGCCACAUUACAUGGAAGUGCUGGAAGUGCGAGCCCAAAACCCAGUGCCCCCACCACAUAAAUUUAAAACAAAUGUGUUACCUUCCCAGGUGUGGAGUGGCUCAGCCAGCCAGUGCCGGGGAGGAGAACCCCUGGUUUCCUCAGAAGAGAAGCGGCGCAGGGAUAAGAAGCAUCUCGAUGACAUCACAGCAGCCCGGCUUCUCCCGCUUCACCAUAUGCCUACACAGCUGCUCUCCAUGGAGGAGUCUUUAGCGCUUCAGAAACAGCAGAAACUGAAUUACGAGGAGAUGCAAGCCAAGCUUGCAGCACAAAAAUUAGCCGAAAGACUGAAUAUUAAAAUGCAGAACUGUAAUCCAGAGGGAGAGGCUUUGAAGAAGUACCGAGAAGCGAGGGAUGAGGACGGUCAGUCCUCUGAUGACGGAUUGUGAAGACGGGCCCUGGGGUCAUCUCUUGGGUCAUUCACUGCUGCCGUGUCGUCAUUUCACAUCGGACCCCUGCCAGGUGUCCAGGUCAGCGUCGGACGUUGCUGAGGGAGAGAAUUUUGUAAAGGUACACUAAGGUAGCUAUGAAAAAAGCCCAGUUCAUCUUCAGAAGGUGACUUCUGCGCGCUUGAAAAGUGUAAUAUUUGAAUAUUAAAGGUUUGCGGUAUGUUGUGUAUUGGUCUGAUAUUUUAGUAUAUAAGAGCACAUUUUCUUUCUUUAAACCAAAUGAAAGCAGAUAACUUUGCUGUUUUCCUUAUUCUCACCUCUAUCAAAUAACAUUAUUAUGUGUCUUUCAGUGAGAUACUUCACUGUCCCUGGCGUCACCUAAAAUGAAUUAGGAAGACAUAGUGCCCUCCUGUUUUGAGUAAAGGAGGGAGCCGUCUAGACAAUUCUCUGCCUGUUUGCAUGGGCUGCUGAGUGAAGUUGCCAGGAAGAAGCUCAUAAGAAAUACUUAACAAGGGUUUGCUUCCCUCUGUCUUCCCUUAGGAAGAAAGAGUGCUCCUGGUGGGGCCUUGGUGGCGCAGUGGUUAAGAGCUCGGCUGCUAACCAAAAGGUCGGCAGCGUGAAUCCACCAGUGGCUCCUUGGAAACCCCGUGGGGCAGUUCUGCUCUGUCCUCUAGGGCCACUAUGAGUUGGAAUCAACUCGAUGGACCCGGGUUUUUUAAUAGAUGCAGGAGGUUGGAGGGUUUCUCUGGGUGCUCAGAUAUGCCUGGAGCUACGUGAGGUCUAGCAGAAGUCUAGAAUCUAGGUGAAGGAAUGGCUGUGUUCGCUCUUUUCUUGAGGUGACUUCAUUGCUCUGACAGGUGAUGGGUUCAUUUGUGGGACGUUAAAGAUUGGUGAGGAAAUUGAUUUUUUUUUUUUAAAUCUAGAGUUGUUGUCUUGUCAAUACAUCACCUUUUUUCCCCCCAAAAGAGGGAAAUACAGACUGCAGAAACCUCAGUCUCAUGUCUAUACAUGUUCAUGUCAUCUUGAAGAAUUAGAUGGUUGGCUCCAGAGAAAUUAACAUUUAUGUUAUCAAAGAUAUCUUUGUCUAAUAUGUUGAAGUCUUUAAACAGUGUUGAAAGAAAGAAUAAAAAGUUAGAAACUUCAGAACGCUGAUGUGCUGUUUUACUGGUUCUUAAAUCUCUUCUGACUUUAGAAAAGACUGGUCAUACAUGACGGGAGCCCUAGUGGCGCAGUGGUUAAAGCGCCCACUGGAGGGUGGGCGGUUGGAAGCCACCAGCCACUCCACGGGGGAAAGACGCCGGCAGUCUGCUUCUGUAAAGAUUAGCAGCCUUGGACACCCUACGGGGCAGCUCUGCUCUGUCCUGUAGGGUCGCCAUGAAUUGGACUUGACUUGAUAGCAGUGGAGGGUUCGUGUGUGAAAUUUCGGUGGAAGUACAUUUAGGUCAGAUACACACAUGACAAGAAGGGCUCAACUCUGCGUCACCCACUUUCCAGCAAAAAAGCCAGCACGGAGUAUGCGGAGCUGAGGCUCGUUAUGUUUAGUCUGUAAAAUUUAGAGAUGAUUUCACAACGUAAAACUGUUUGAUCUUAUGUUCUUUAUAGAAUAAAAUAAUACAUGUUAGUUAUGGAAAGAUGGAUCGUUUGGAAGGGCUCACAUGCAUGUACACAGUCAACCUCUAAUCUACCACCAGAAAGAACCCCUGCUAACAUUUUGGUGUAUGUAUUUUUACUUAUUUUUCUGUGCAUAGCUAUAUGUUUAUAUUUUCAAAAUUCACAGUCUGUUCUAUAUAGAGGCAGUCCCUGGGUUAGGAUGAGAUCCGUUCCUACGUCUGUCUUUCAGUCGACUUUGUAGGUAAGUCAGAAGAGGUACAUACGGUUCUUAUUUAGCGUCACCCAAAUGUUUGUCUUAGUACAUAAAAUAUGUUUUACCUCUCUGUGCAUUGAAAACACAAGAAACACUUCCAAACAAUCCAGUGUUUUCAUGAGUGUCACAAGUAGUGUGCGCGUUUGUCUAUAACUCAGAUUUUUUAAUAUAAUAGGCUUUACGGCGGCCUGUUCUUAAGUACCAGUUGUCCGUAAGUUGGACGUUCAUAACCUGGGGACUGCCUGUGUUGUAAACAUUUCCCACAUUGUUAAAAACUUGGCAUUUUAGAUGGCUGCAGGAUACUCCAUGUCGUGGGUGGACCAUAAUUUUAAAACUCAAUUUCCUAUUGUUUAGCAAUUUGAUUAUUUAUAGUGUAGCCUGUAAAUAAUGAUGUGAUCAGUAUCUUAAAAGAUAAUCACAUUUGUACAAAAACGACGUCUUUCCAGAAGAUCCAUUGCUAGAAGUGAAGUUGCCGGGUGGAAGGGUAUGUAAGUUUGUGAGAAUCUUGCUCACACACAGUAUUCACCACAGAGGUGUCACUUUGCUUUCCCACUAGCGAUAUGUCACACUUCCAGAAUUGAAAAUGAUUAUUAAAAAACUGGGAACUUAAUAAUUACAAAAUAGGUUUACAUUUAAAAUUUGUAUCUCUUUACUAGUUGAGUUUUUUUUCAAGUUGAUUGGCCACAUAUUCAUUCAUUUAUAUUCACUGCUUAUUCAUAUCCUUCAUAUUGGAGAGUUUACCUUUUUUAUUGAUUUAUAAGUUUUUUAUGAAUUAAGAAUGCCCAUCGUUUGUCAUACGCUGUAAUUGUUUUAUUUAUUUGCCUUUUAAUCCACUUUAUGGUAUUUCAGUGUAGACAUCCUUCUCUUUGAGGAGUUCACCUCUGCACCUGGCCUUGAACAUGCCUUUCCCACCCCAAGAGUGGAUAGUUACCCUUAUUUUCUUCUAGUACUUUUAUUUCACUUUUUAUACUUACCUUUAACUCAAAGGAACUUUUAAUCCGUCUUGAACUUACUUGAUAUCGUAUGAGGUCAGCAUUUAAUUUUUUGGUUUUCACAAAUAGUUGACCGGUUCGUUCAGUAUUAUAUUAAAUAAACCAUUAUUUUCCCACUAAUUUGUAAUACUGUAUUAAGUUCCUGUGUUUCUUGGGCCUCAUUCUGGGCCUAUACUUUAAUAAUUAUGGCUUUAAUUGUUAAUAUUUGGUAGUAGAAGUCCUCCCUUGUUUUGUUAGCUUUAAAUUUUGUUGUGAAGUAUA